AUGACGGCGAUUUCCGACUUGUAUUUUACAGUGGAUAACUGGCAUUUACGGCUUGUCAAUGGAGAGGGCCGAUGUGAUGGUCGAGUGGAGGUUUAUCACAGCGGUGUCUGGGGCAGAGUUACUGAUGAUUUGUGGGAUUUCAAAGACGCAGAUGUAGUAUGCAGACAGCUGAAGUGCGGCUCCGCAGUAAACGUUUACAACCACAGCAAGUAUGGAAUCGGGAAAGGGCCGGUGAUAAUAAAUAACAUCAGUUGCAUUGGGAAUGAGUCCCACCUCUGGAACUGCACUUUUACACAGGCGAACCAUUUACCUAUCGGUGAUGAUGUUGGUGUGUUUUGUUCUGAUAAUAUUCCGGUAAGGCUGGUGAAUGGCAAAAGUCGUUGUGCUGGAAGGGUAGAAGUUUAUUACAACGGAAUCUGGGGGACCGUCUGCGAUGAUGAUUGGGACUUAAUAGAUGCACAUGUUGCCUGCAAAGAACUGAAUUGUGGGUAUGCUGUUAAUGCCACGAAGUCCAGUUGGUAUGGCCAAGGUUCUGGUCCUAUUUGGAUGGACAACCUCAAGUGUUCAGCGAAUAAUUCGGCCUUAUGGAAAUGUCUGGAGAGUCCAUGGGGCGAGAACGAUUGUAUUCACAAAGAAGAUGCUGGAGUAAUCUGUUCCGAUCACAAGGAGAUAAGGUUGGCAAAUGGAAAGAGACCCUGCGAAGGCAGACUUGAGGUUUUCUUUAACGGAACAUGGGGAACAGUUUGCUCUGAUUCGUUUGGCAUGGAGAAUGCACAAGUCGUUUGCUCCCAGCUCAACUGCGGCACAGCUAAAUUAGUAGAAAACAGCGCGGCAUUCGAAGAGGGCACUGGACCAAUCUGGUUGGAUGACGUGAGAUGUCGGUUGGGCGACUCACUAUUAUGGCAAUGCCCAUCUUCACCAUGGGGCCAACACAACUGCCAACACAGGGAGGAUGUUGGAGUCGUUUGUUCAGGAUUAUGGCCAUCGACACCCCAGAUUGAGAUGGUGAAGGUGGCAAGGAUAAUAGACCCAUCUCCAAAAGAUUCCGAUCUGCGGCUCGUGGCCGGGUUCGAUAAUUGCUCAGGAAGAAUCGAAGUUUUCUUCAGUGGGACUUGGGGGACGGUGUGCGACGAUUCCUGGGACAGCAAUGAUGCUGCUGUUGUUUGUCGCCAAUUAAACUGUGGGGAUCCAGUCCUGGCUUUCGGAGCGAUGUUGUUCCCCCAUGGAAACGGCAAUAUUUGGAUGGACGAGGUUAAGUGCAAAGGAAGUGAGAGGUUCCUGUGGGAUUGCCAGUUUUCUUCAAUGCGUCAUCAUGACUGUGGGGACAAAGAAACCGUCGGUGUGAUAUGUUCUGGUCUGUAUUGUCAUUAUGCCUCUGAUUUUUGUCAGUUAUACAUAUUGCCGAAAUUUGUCACUACCACUGUUCCGCAACGCUGCAAGGAACCUCAUGGGUUCGAAUGCGUACUGUAA